AAAGGGGAGGGGGGGGGAUCAUGGAUAAAACUUUGCACAUUCUACAGAAAACCGCGGACGGCGUGCCGACUGGGAUCUCCCUGGAUGUGAGUUUAAAUAUGGACGAAGGUGAAGAUUUCAGGGAACAACAGAUAGUGGGGCUCCCGGACAAAAUACCUCUGGUGAAACCGUAUUUUAAAAAGAAGCAGAGGAAAUUGGACGCCAAAUGUCUCCACCGUGCGCUAGAGGAUCCUAUACUGACCACAUUGCUCAGCACAGACACGCUGGUCACCGGGGAUGGGGUGUUUGUUCCCCGGAACCAGCCCGGCCGGACUCCCAGCAACCUGUGCGCGGCGGCUGUGGUGAAACAGAACUGUAUAGGACAGGUUUGUCUCAAAGACUCGGGAGCUGCCGUCGACGCCACAGCUGGGGCUGGAGUACAGGGGUUGAUGACCCGGGACGGCGAUGUGGAAAUAGCCGAUACUACUGCGGAGCUGGAGGAGACGGAGCGGCGAGGGGAGCGACCCGAGAUCACAGAUCCGACCCCGAACAGCCGCUGCUUUCAGCAGAAACCUGGCCUCAGGACGGCUGGGAGCACAGUGACAAUAACGCCCCCAGUCAGGGAUUUACCUUCCACAGCUACACCCCAGGCUCCUCACCAGGAGGGGGACAUCAAAAGCAAUGACCUCUUAACCUCUUCUGUUAAAAACCUUCCAGUAAAAGACUGCUCCGGCCUCCAGGACCCACAUCCCCUCCUGCUGCAGCCUGACAAAGGAGUACUAUUUCAGGAUAAAAGUGAAGAGGCCUCCCUGGACCUUGUUUUUGAGCUGCUGACCCAGCUCCAGUAUCACACACACCAGUCAGACUCAGUAGACAUUUGUGUGGAUUUCCUCCAAGGACAGUGUGAUUACGGCAACGAUUGUGCCCACCACCACACUGUCCUGCCAUACCACUGGCAGAUCCGCAGGACCAGCAGUCAAACGUGGCAGAGCAUAGCGGAUGACUCCCAGGAACAGCUGGAGAGACUGUACUGCAACCCGGAUAAUGAGCAAGUCAGGCUCAAGUUUCAGGGUCGAGUGUUUUCCUUAGACUUUGGGGCGAUGCGAGUGUGUGACCUGGAGUUUGACUGCGUCCGGCGACUGACGUCUCCUGCAAGCCCUCUGCCCAUUCCCCCAACGAACCCAAACCCAACCCCAAGCUGUCACACAGUGUGGAAGUACUACUGCAGAGACAACUUUGGCUGGAGGGAAUACUCUGAGCCUGUGGUAAAGCUCAUAGAGGAAGCAAGUUCGAGGGGUCUUAAGGAGGUGCGAUUUAUAACACUCCAGAACCAGUACAUCCUUAACAUCCGGGAGGGCUUCCAGCAGAACGCCGUCUUUGGGUUCAGACGUCAGAUCAAGAAGCGGCCCCUGUUCAUGUCCUCCGUUAUGCUUACACCCCUCCUCCAGACUUUGGGAGGCCUCUCUUCAUCUCCCCUCGCCUGCUCCUCCUCUUCCUCGUCCAUGGAUCUCUCCACGUUGCAUCCUCUCUCGCCAACGACCACCAACCCACCAAGCCUUUUUCCAGAGACAUGGUUGCCAAUGACGAUGAGCCAGGACUUCCUGCAGGUGCCCGUCUCGCGCGAAGACAGGAGCUACAGGACAGUAUACAGCCUUUUCCAUAAGACAGUGUCAGAGACCAAGUUCAGGAUCAUCAAAAUCCAGCGAGUGCAGAACCCGUUCCUGUGGGAGAAGUACAAGAGGAAGAAAGAGUACAUGUCCCGGCGUAUGUCAGAGAUGGACAGGCUGCUAAGCGAGCGCCACCUCUUCCACGGCACCUCGGCUGACGUGGUGGAGGGCAUCUGCAAGCACAACUUCGACCCUCGAGUAUGUGGCAAGCACGCCACCAUGUUUGGCCAGGGCUCCUACUUUGCUCGCAAGGCUGUCUACUCCCACAAUUUCUCCAAACGCUCACCCAAAGGAGUCCACUGCAUGUUCCUGGCCAAAGUCCUCACUGGCAGGUUUACUGUAGGAAAUCCCUCCAUGCGGCGACCUCCACCAAUCAACCCUCGUGAUGCCUCCAGUGACCUUUAUGACUCCUGUGUUGACAACUGGGUGGACCCCCAGAUCUACGUCAUCUUCAACGAUGACCAGAGCUAUCCUUACUUUAUCAUUCACUAUGAAGAGGUACCCAGCACUGUCGCAGUCUAAGACCUGGAUCAGACCUGGCUUUGUCUGUAUUUGCCAAUACUUAGUCGCAGUUUGUUUUAGUCUGUUACUGAGUGAGGUGGGUGGAGUUCAACUCUCUUAAGAUAAAAAGAAACAUAUUAGACCAACAGCAGCUGAAACUUAUAGUUUCCUGUUUGAAGACUAAACCUCACCCAUCUGCUGCUCUAAACAGGUUAAAACAGUCUAAGACAUGUUUGCAAAUACACAGUGAUUUAAGAAUGCAGUCAACUGGAUUCAAGCAGACUGGUCUGCAUUAAGGAACAACAGACUGGUCCAGACCGGAUUAAACUGGAUAAAACUAGACUAACAAAGGACGACACCUGUUUCAUCCAGCAUUCAGAGGUGGAUGACAACUGAAAACAGCUGCUCCCCCCCCCCCCAACAGACUUGACCAGAUUCAUAUAGCAUUCUUUGUUAUCUAGUAUGAACAGGAGCCUUGUGAUGAUCACCGGACACGAGAGGAUUUCAUCUACCUUAUUGAUCUAGAGCAGAUGCAGGAAAAACCAAACAUAGUCCUCUUAUCAUUUUGACUUAGUCGAAUGGCUGUAAAUGAACUCAGUUCCACAUCAGGACAAAUGCUGUAGUAGACAGUCAGCGUUCUGCCAGUACUGUGAAUGACCAACUGGUUGUAUUAUUCUGAGGAAGCAGCCAACCAAUCAAACGCUUCCAUAGAGAAACCAUGGCAAUUCUGAUCCCAGUCAGUCUCUGACAAAAUUCAUAGUGUGUUUACCCAGCCUCCGACCCGUAAGAUUUUUUUUCUCUCCAGUGUAUGUGCUGCGUGUGUGAGUCUUUUGAUUUAGUGGACAUGAAUCUUGUGGCCUCUUCAAACAGUCUUGGACAUGAGUUUCAGUGGGACUUUUACAAACAAGACAUCGACGUACUGUAAACCUCCAGGCAGCGGUUUCACAUGAAGCCAGCGCUGUUCCCUGUUGGUUAUUUUGCCUUUGUGCCCACCGCUUUAGUUCUUCAUGGGGGAUUGAAGAGAGUACAGUUUCACGCUGAGAUUCUAUGCUGCUGCAGUGGCGCUGUAGCGUUUUGUCAACAAACCCCCUGAAACUCAUCUCUCUUGGGCCACUUUCUCCAAGACAGUAGACAUGUUUUAUUGAGACAAACUGUACAGAUGUUCUCUUUGUUUAUAUUUGAACUGUGUGCCUUUUGUUCAUAAAAAUUGUAUUUAUGUUAGUUUGAUGUAACAUUGAUUGAAUAAAGAAACCUAAAAGAAAAAAUA